AUGAGUGAUUAAGGAAUAGUUGCGCACCUGAUAGUCCUGCUCAGAAAGGUUAGAGAGAGAGAACUGGGAAAGGGCUGGGCAAAUACCUACCAGAUACUUGGGUUUUCCAAACUCCCACUCUGCUCUACGAGCAAGGCUGCUUCUGAGGGAGAGAAGGGUAUGGGAUACCCAGGGUAAGAUUCACCUGGAGACAAGGGUGAAGGAGCUUCCAAAUUGCCAUGGGCCCUUGUCCCAGUACUCCUCCCCAGCUGCUGCUCUUGCCCGUAUCAGAUCCGUCUCUGAGGUAGAGUGCUCCCCCACCCACAUUAGAUAGAGUCAGAAACAAUUAACAUAUCCCUAACCAGGGUCCAAGCUGCAUCUUGAGUUACACUGUUAAAAAAGGCACACACACAACACCAAACCAAACCGAUUUCUCUCUCUCAGGAACAGCCUGAAAACUUGUGAGAAGGUUUUGAAAUAUGCUGAACAGUUGAAAGGUUUGAAAAUAUACGGACCUAUUUCCUUGCUACGUAUACAUACAAACCCCCACUCUAAAUAGUUGCUUCUUGGGGGCGGUGAAGCCAGGCUCUUCUGUUUGAUAGCCCCAGACAGCGGGUGUGAUUAGGAUACUGCCCUGCCCGCUGAGUGAUGGUGUCAGAGUGCCACACACAUUUAUCCCAGCCGUGUCCACAUCCUCCCCCCCCCCCACCUUUUUAUACAAGCCCCAAAUCUUCCCCUACAACAGAGGCCCUGGUUCAAAAGGCCACUGGAUGUUGUUUCCCAAGAGGCUUUAGAGAAUGAAGACCCAUCUCCCAAGUGCGUGAAUGUACCAGUUGAGUAUGGCAGGGGGAAUGGAGGGAAAUGGGCCUCUCAGCUGCCUGUAGUCAAGGGUCAACUGAAAAGGAAAGAGAAAAGAAUAACCCCUGGCCUUGUCUGAGUUCAGCCCUCCACUGGCUGCUGUGAGGUGGGGUGGCCUAGUCUGGGGUUGUGCACAGCUCAGACAGGGCUUUGUCCUCAGGACUGGCCUGGGAACGCUUUGGCAGACAGGCAGCCAUCACCCCUCAGGGCUCUCCACCUCCUCCCUGGACAUGGGCUGGCACGAAUUCCCCCAGGCUGGGGCUAGUGACAGCUCCCUGCAUGGCUGGUCUCAGAGCAGCACAGUAGGGGGGUUACUGGGCUCCCACAGCUCAGCCCCUCCCUGCUGCUCCACGCACUUUCUUUCACUGGGAUCUUUGUGGCUCUCUCUUGUUCCCUUGCAGCAGGUCUCUGAUCUCCCACACCACCCUCUACAGCACCCGUCUCUGGUGCUGCCAGCGCUGCUCAGCCUCACUGCCCCAUCCUCUCCACCUAGCUGGGUGGGAUAAAAGCAGGUACACAGCCCCUGAGCUCCCCCCGUCUCUGGAACCAAAGUCAGGGGAGCUCUCCCCCCAUGUGCUAGGAGGGUGGGUGUUUACUGCGGGGAGGCUUAUUCCCUGGCAAGUCUGCAUCAGGGCCAGGCCCAAUCUGGCCACAACCAGUGGCUAUCGGGAGCGUCCCCGUUGCUGAACAGCUGCCUGCUUCAUUUUUCAUGUCAGCUACAAUAGGAAUUGGGUUGAAUUUAGAAACGGGGGCAUUGUUCCCCCUGCAUUUAGAAACAUGGUUCUCUCAUGGAGAGGAGGGGAGUGAAAUUAGAACACGAGAUAUUCCCCACCAUAGCAGCUCUCUGGCCAGUGCUGUGCUCAUUGCAGGGGGCUGUGGAGUUUCUACUAGCUCCGUGCUUAAAAUCGAUAGGAGGGCUAGUUAACACUACUGCCUCUGAUGUCAGCACCUCCAUCAGCUGACUGCCCGUAGCUAUGAGACCACAGAGUAAUGCGAGCUUCUUGUUACUUGUAAACAAGCAUACACCAUGUAUUGAAUUUGAGCUUAUUAUCUUAAUUAACCUGCAGUUGGAAAACCAGUGGAAACAUUUCACCACAAGGUAAAAUGACAUUGAAGAUUUUCUGUCAAUUAUGUGUUAGGAGUUGUGUGGCUGGCUAAUAAUAAGGUCUCACAGGUGUCUAGUAACCUUUACCGUUGAUUGUAGAGAGUGCUUUCAGGUGGGUAUUGUUCUUGAUGUGGUUCUUGCGAUUAUCAUAGCUUUUUUGUAUUUAUAAUUUACAGCGGAAAGCUGUUCAAAUGAUAAGAUCACCUGAGAUAAGCAAAGUAAAAUUGCACUAAGCUGUAUUAAAAACAUUUUAACGGUAUAGUACCUGGUAGAUCACUAUCAAAGACUGUCCAUCGCCACUGUAAUGGUGUUACUAGAAUAAAACACUUGUUUUUUUUUAUUGAUUAACUUGAUUGUCACUCAAGCUGGUUUCGUGUAUUAUGCACGAUCAUCAACCUGAGAGUCUGCACUGGGCAGAGGUAACAAGCUCAUUCUCCACAACAUUUAUUUUAAAAAUGACAUUUCUAAUCCCCUGUAAAUUUCACUUUGCUAUUCAGUUAUUUAAGGCACAUGUAGUACUGUUAUUUUUUUUAAAAAAGGGAAAGGGUUGAUUCUGAAUAUUCUCUAUUUAAAAUAGAAGAUUCAAUAGAAAUAAAAUAAUUGUAACUGACUCCAAGAGUCAGAUUUUUAAAAUGAUCACCUACAGCUGCAUUCAAAACUAACCUUUGCACAUACAGAUUGGGUAGAUGAACAUCUGAACUGUCAUGUGCAAAUGCUUGCCUGUGUGCAACCAGUGUAUGCAAAAUUAGUGAGUACAGUUUUGGAGGUGAGUUUGAGGUGGUCUGAAACCAUGAGACAGGCAGCUGAUGAAUAUUUCCCCCAUUUAUCUUAGCUAAUUGUAAGGGUCUUAGUGCAAACUCUAACUUUAGCCACUUGCUGGAGCAUUUCACUGCUAUGCACUAGCAUGAUUUGCGUGGUUUGUGAUGAGAAGAUUAGGUGGAGUGGAAACCUGAGGCUGCAGAAUUAAGCUGGAGCUCUUCUGAGCCUAGCUAGGGUUUUCCCCACAAGCUUUUUGGCGUGCUUGUGUCAGGUCAGGCUGGUCAGACUGCAGGAGCAGCUGUGAAAUGUUUGAUCUUUUCUGCUUCUAGACUUGUCUGUGAGUAGGAAGUGCAACAGCACAAGAAAGUGAAAACUGAUCAAGGGGAAAUAGUACAAUACAAUACAAUAGUAUCUGUUCUUAGUUAAUAUUACUGUAUUGUAGAGAUAAAUCUUGAAUUGUCUGUCUCCUGUGUGUAGCCGAGAAGCCAUGGAGCCUUUUUAUCUGUAUGACAUCAGGGCUGUAACCUCCAACAAAACCAUUGAGAGAAUUAUUUCACCCAUGGCAGCUCAACUUUGUCAUUUAAUGAUCGCAGCUGAGUGGGAAGGGGUGAAUAACGAGCGCCUCGCUGAUUUAGAAAAAGCUGCUGAAGAAUUAGCCAAAGCUACCCAAGAACUUGCUUAUGUUGCAAGAAGGUCGUCUGGCUCCUCCCUAGAGUCAGCAUUCCCAGACCCAUGCUGGUGCUGGCUUACGGUGAUGCGUUUCACUAAAGGCGUGCGUGUGACCUUGUGUACCUGAGAUCAGCAUUCUUCCGCCAGAGUGGCUCAUGAGUACAACGAUGAGCUGCUGGCUGGGGAGAUGCUGCCUGCUGCCGAAUCGCUCCUCACAUCUGGGAAGAGCAUCUUACUGGUGGCCCAGAAACUUCAUAUUCAGCCAGAUGUUCAGAGUCAUCAGAAGGAACUGAUUGAUUCAGCAGAGAGAGUCUUAAUGGAGACUGUAAAGAUCCUCCAGCUUGAAGAUGAUGCUGUAGUGAUGAGGAUUAUCCAGGCUGCUCAUUGGCUUCGGGAUUGCCUGACCACACUUGAGUUCGCAGGAGACGUACCAACUCUGCUGGCUGCUUUCCGUGACUUUUCAGAGUCCUUGCUCCUGCUGAACAAUUUGACAGAAAGACGCAUCCAAGAGCUCAGAGAUUCUCCUCCUCAGGAGUAUUUGGCCCAGACGCUGCAGAUCCUUAGGAAGUGUGUCCCGAUGUUGCAUGCUGCAAAACACAGUCACCUGAAGCACCCCCAGGACCAGCAUGUGAAUGGUUCCAAAAACUACAUUUUCAAUCUGAUGGAUAGCACCAUAAAGGAACUGAUUUCCUUACUGACAAACACCACCAGAAACAAGGAACUACUGGAGAGAAAUGGACUCUUUUCCCAGCACGUGAGCCAGCUGCUGGGCCUCCUGUCCAACACAAACCCUGCUCACCUAGCUGAGGGCGAAUUCAGUUUUCUUGUGGAAACACUGGUCUUCCACUGCAUGCUUUUAGCUAACUCAUCCAGGCCAAGUAUUAAGUUGCAGUUGAUAAAGCACUGCCAUCAUCUCCUAAUGCUCAGGAAAAGCAUUUCCAACCAUGGAAGCAUAAUGGAGGAAUUGCCAGUACAAAGCCAACUAGAAUGCAACCUAGAAGAGAAACGUCAUGCGAUGAGAGUUGAGGUGGAGAUUCUUGAUCAAACAGUGCUCACUGCUGUUUUGUGUCAGAUUCUGGACACUUUCACAGACAUUAACGAACCCCUGAGAAGGUUAAUGGAGGCUGCACUGGAACCUACUACUGGGCAAUAUUCUCCUGCAGGAGAGGAUGGAUUUCUAAGAAAACUUCAGCCUCUUAUUACUGCCUUCUUCGGUCAUGCUCAUCAGAUGCUCAAAGUGGCAAAUUUUGUUCUGGCCAGCUGCACCAAGAUCAAAAUCAUUAAAGAAAUUGAAGAUCGUGUAGACUGUUUAAAUAGACUCCUUGCCACGAUGCCUCUACUCCUUACGGAAAUGAGCAAAGAUCCUAAUAAGAUUCACAUCCAGGAACAACUACAAACCUUCUAUCAAAGAUGGGCUUGGACAACAGAAAGCUUGUUAGCAUGUGUUGACGAAACAAUCAACUUGCCUGAAUUCCUUGAUCUGUCUAUUCAGGAAAUGGCCGAUCACAGAGAGUGUUGUGAACAAGAACUAGAGAGUCAGAACUCUGGAAGAUUUUCAUGGCAUGCCACUCAUAUGACCAGCCGAGCGGCUCGCGUGAUCCAAGUUACUAACAGAUUUGUGGAUAAAGUCAGAGAUCCUAUUUUCAAGAACGGUUUGUUAGUUUUAGUUAAGCAAUUGGAAAUCUCCAUUCUGGAAGUGAAAACUGCUACUAGCCACUGUUUAGGAGGCAUCUCUUUUCUACAAUCUAGAAAUGCAUUUUCAAAGAGAGUAAAGCAUCUGAUGGACUCCACUCGAAAUGUCAGAGAGGGGCUGCAUGAGUCUAACCAUCCAGAUAUUCUUAGUCCACUUCGGGAACAAAUUCGGAGCCUUGACAUUCCAAAAGAGCUGGGAUACUUUUCAGCCCAGGACCAUAUAGAGCUCAGACCACCAGAUGACAUAAAACAAAGCACUACUGACAAUACCGAAUUAGUGGAAGAAUUUUUAAGCGAACGGCUUCCAUCAGCCACCUCUCCUCUUGAGAAGCUUCCAAGAGCAGGUAACUUACACCCGGGAAGAGUGGAUGUACAUCCUGUGAUCAAUGAACUCAUCACUGCAACAAAGAAACAUGACAUUACUGCUGUAAACACUGCUUGCUUUGGUUUACUUGAACUUUCCAACUGUUGUGUAGAUGCAGCUCAGGAAGCCUUACCAAUUGUCAAGUCACCACUGCUGGAAAAGCUGACCCACUACAGAAAGAUAGUUCUAUUAACACCAUCUAUUAUUAGCUUAGCUAGGGAGAUAGGUCCAAACCCAGUUUCCAGAGCAGAUAGACUUCUUCCAACAGCUGUUUUGUUAUCGGAGAAGAUUUGUGAAACUAACCAAUGCCUGGUGGCUGUGGCAGGCUCUUGGUACAGUCUAGUCCAGCAGUUAUUCUGCACAGUAGCUCCAGCUGACUUUCUGAAGAGCAAACAAACUUUGGAUGAGAUAAUGCAGACUUUAGCAAGAGUUGUCCAGCUAGCGGCUGAUGUUGCACAUACAGAUUGUGAAGAGGAGCUCACGAUAGUUCCUAAGAUUCAGGAAAGGUUUAUACGGGUCCAAGCAAAAUUCACAGGUGCUCAGACUAAUACAAAGCAUUUACUUGAAAAGGCCUUGUCUUCUGAUUGCUUCCAUUCUCACCAGGACCAUCUCGAGGGGAUCUGCCUUCUCUGGUCUGUCAGCAUACAGGUGCUCCUGAGUGCUGUGGAUCAGCUCAUAGGACGAGAUGUUUUGUUCUUAGGUGAAUUAAGGAAUACAAUGAAGCACAAGCUUUGCUUGCAGGAUGUCCUGGCAGCUGUAUCCGAGAGCUCUUUGAGAAUACAGGAGGCAGCCCGACUGUCCUAUCUCGCCUGUGCUGAACGCAGUGUGCAGUGUGACAUCCUAGCGCUCCGGGAGGAGGUAAAGGUACUAACUGAAGCUCUCCUGCAAGUGGCGGAUGUUCUGUCUGUCUCCCCAGUGCCUGCUACAAACUUGUCCAUUCGUGCUGAGCUGCUCCAACGAGAGCUUGCUGUUAGAGUGAAAGCACUUCUGCUCCUCCUGACCAGUACCAAUCAGGAGUACACAAGGGUCAUCCAAAACAUCCUCAGACUGGCCUGGCCUCCUGCGCGUGCCCAGGGAGGUGAUAGAGGGAUGCUUAAACAGGCAGGUCAGAUAAUGGCAAAUGUCCAGCUGGUCAAAACCAUCAUAGAAGACACUUUGGAGAACACAGCUCAUCUAAAAAUGCGGGAAAGCCUGCUCUCCCUGACAGACCACCUUCUCCUCCUUACUGCUGAGCUGCUAGGAAGAGCUGGUGAGCAGCUUCAAAGCCAUCAGGACAAGGAGCUGGUCCAGCUAGACUACAUUGCAUGGGAGUGGUCUGCCAACGCUCACUAUGUGGUGACGCAGCUUCAAUCAGUGAAGGACAUUGAUAAGGCCGCCUUGGAGCUCGUUAAGCAGUGUUUACAAAACAGCAAGUCACAUGCUGUUGCAAACCAAUGUCAUGGCAAAACAGAGCUCUCCCCCGCCAAGAUACCCAGCACCAAAUACCAGAAUCACACACACCAAGCCACUUCAGCAGACCCCUGGCCUACCAUGAGUGAAUCGAAAGGCUUAGCUGCCAGGGAUGCAUUUGAAAUCAUGCUCCUGAGUGACUCUCCUAACGACUCCCAUUCCACUAGCAGCGAGCAGGGUAAGGGAGCCGCUCCUGCUGCCCUGCCAGAGGAUGCUGGACAGUGGCAGGACGACAGCAAUAAAAUGCCCCAAGUCACCAAGGAAAUGGCCACUGGGAUGUCUCACAUGGCACGGUUUCUAAAGAGGAAGGGACCGAUAACGACCAAAGAGCAGCUCAUUGCCUGUGCUAGUCAAAUGGCUUCCAAUGGGCAAGUGUUUGUCAGAUUUGGCCACCUGAUUGCAAAGAACUGCCUAGAUGAAAGAUGUGCAACUGAACUGCUGUGUGUCACCGAGCAAAUCCAAACAAUCAGCAACCAGCUCAGAAUUAUUUCCAGGGUAAAAGCAGCAACAGCAGGGAGUAAGUGCUCUGCUGAACUAUUGGUGAACAAUGCACAGAAUCUGUUUCAAGUGGUCCUACAGUCCCUGAAGGCAGCAGAGACCGCGUGCGUCAAAGUAAGUGUGCACUGGUAUAGGUCAAGAUUCUUUCAGAAGGUGAGUUCAAAUAUAUUCACAUUUUUACCCCCAACACUUCUGAAUUCAGGCUGUAACUUUCAGAGAAUUUUAAGGGAGUUCAGUGUCCAAAUCUCACUGGAAGUUGGGCACUUAACUCACUCCCUGAAGAGCCUCUGCAAAUCCCAUCUGGAAUCUGUGUUUGCCUCUCAAAGGUGACCAGGUACCAAUUGUAGCACAGACAUUCCCUGGCAGCUGAUUGCACUGGAGUUCUGUCUUCCUGGGGGAACCAUAAAUGUUCCUUAGCCUGGAUUUGUUGUGUUCUGCAAACCCAUAAUUAGAAUUGCUCACACAACGUGACUAUUGUGGUCAAGUCUCUUAUAAUGGAGACAACUGCUUUCUGGAUCUGCAACCUUUGCUCCUGCCCUGUAUUUACCGUAUUGAAUCAUCCCUCCAAAUAAUGGACCUUCACUGUCACAAAUUCCAAGUUGCCCUCUGAGAUGAGGACUGCCCAGUAAGUACUGGGCCAUAUCUAUAAGGCAAAGCCGUGUAAGUUCAUCAAAGUGCCUUCAGCUUUUGAUUUUGGACAGAAAGGCAGAUAGACAAAAGAAACACACUGCCGUGGAAGUAGAUUUUCAGCUGGGGCUUUAGAGACAGGUGAAGUGUCUCUUAGGCUUUGUCUUGGCUCAGUUAAGUUUCCAUUAAAACUCCCAAGGGCUUCCUAAUGAUGACAACAAGAAAUAACUAAAUACCUUAAAUAAUUGAAUAGAGCAAUCUUUAACUGAGCACGCUCAGAAAACAGGCACUCUUUCAACCAGGCUCUGCUGAUACGACCUAUAAUUUCUGAAAAGUUGUAAAUAUUAAGGCCAGAAGAGACCAUUGCGAAUAUCUAGCCUGACCUGUAUAACACAAGAAACUCGUAACUUCUGGUUCAGCUACAGUGCAUCUUCCAGAAAGAGAUCCACCUUGAUAUAAGGACCCCAGGUGACAGCGAAUCCACCACAUCCCCAGGGAAAAUGUUUCAAUGGCAAUGGUUAUCAUCGGCACUCUUAAAAAAUGUGCAUUUUGUUUCCAGUUUGAAUUUGCUGACUUCAACUUCCAGUCUUUGGUCUACUAGAUUAAGGAGCCUUCUACUAACAGAAAUCAUUCCCAUUUAGGUGCUUAUAGACUCUCUCUCUCUUUGAUAAACUAAAUGGAUUGAGUUCCUUUAGUCUCUCAUUAUAAGGUGCUUUUUCCAGACCAUAAAUCCAUUCUUGCAGCUCUUCUCUGAAUUGUUUUCCAUUUUCCCAACACAUUGUUACUCCUUGUCAACCCAAGUGGUUAAUCAACGUUUUGGGGCCCUGGGGGCAUUCCAGUUGGCAGUAGAAAUUUAUGAUGGAGACUGAUACAUUCUUUGAUGCAGUAUUGUGUAUUGACAAGGAAGUACAUAGUCCUGCUUUUCCAAAUGCAGGAAGAACCAAAAUUUAAAAGUUUCUUAUCUUGCAGGCCAAAGCUUCUUUCAGCCAGCAUCCCUGAUCUCUCCCUAGCUUCUCCCAGGGCCACACCAUGCUUACAGGCUACUGCUUGGCUUUCCUUCCCUGAGUCUGUUUGUUGUCUGCACACCAGCUUGUCCCCCCCACCCCCAAAUAAAACCAACCCCCUCACCCCAAAACAAUACCCAGUUGAACCUUGCCAACAUGGUGCUGCUAGUUUCUGAGUAGACUCCACUAUGCCUUAUUUAGGAACUUAACUUGUCUCUUAUAGCUAUCUCAAAUGUAGGGCACAUUCACACCCAGCAAUUUAAAUGAGGUUUAACCUAACCAACAAGGUUUUACCCAGCUCAUAACUAUACUUUUACAAAGUGUGGAGAACAGAACUGGACACAGUCUCACCAAUGCAGUAUGAAGAGACAGUAUCACCUCUCUACACUUGCUACAUAUUGCCCUAUUUGUACGUGCAAGGAUCGCACUGGCUUUUGUCCCCACAGCAUCAUGCUGGGAAUGCAUGUUCUACAAUAACCUGUAAACCCUCUUCAAUCACUGAUUUCCAGGACAUAGUAUUUUUGGUUCCAAGAUUAUGACUUUGCAUUUGGCUGCAUUAAAACAAAUGCAGCUACUUGGCUACCCCCCAUUUACUAAGCAAUCCAGCUUGCUCUGUAUCAGUGACCUGUCUUCGUUAUUUACCAGCCCACAGAUCUUAGUCAUCUACCGAUUAUUUUCAGCAAUGAUUUUCAUUUCUUCCAAUGAAUUGAUGAAGAUACUGAAUUGCACUGGGCUAAGAAUAAAUCCCUGGGGGCCUCACUAGCUGAUUCCCCAUUAACAACUGUGUUUUCAGAUCUAUCAUUUAGCCUGCUUCUGAUCUAUUUAAUAUGGACAAUGAUUUUGCAGAGUACCAGCUUGUUAAUCAGAAUGUCACACUGUACUAAGUCAAGUGCCUCUUUUCCAUAAAACCAUACAGACUGGCUUUUAUUAUAUUUCCAUCCUUUAACUCUUUAUUGACAGUCCUGUGCCAGCUGUUCCAUUGUUUAGGCUAGGAGAGGUGUCAGGCUAACCAAAAGUUAAUUUGGUUCCCACAUGUAGGCAUCUAGAGGUAGUGUGUUUAGGCCCCUUUGUACUGUAAGAAAUUUUAAACUCCCAUGUCUAUCCACGUAUAUUAUUGUGGGUAAUUAUUUUGCUUCCUUCAAACAGGGUUUGCGAAAGCCAGAUCCUGACUCAGAAGAAGCAGAGGCAGCUGCCUUUUGUAUGCAAUGGAAGAAAAAGCUGUUGAGGCACAGAGUCAAAGAAGCUUU